GAAACAUUCAGAAUAUCACACCAUUUACCGCGAUCAUCGUAGGCGGCCACAGUGUAUUAUUAGUAGCUAGUGUACUUGGCUUGCUUAACCUGGUACUAGUACUCAAAAGAAGCCAGGAUUUACCAGUGAUUGCGCAUCACUGCAUUCUUGACAGGGUCAAUCCUUGCCUCUCCCGCUCGUCUUCUGCUGCAAUGGUUAAACGUUCGUCACUAGAAGCACUUGCUCCCUCGACGAGCCGCCUCAGGAAUCAAAGAUAGAAUGAUGGACUUCGAACAUUGUGAUUGACUGCGGUUGCCCGUUUAGUUAGGCAGCUGAGCUCCGCUGCGCGGGGCCUUUACCACAUUACGAUCUUGAAGUGAUAUGACGUGAUACUCAUUUAUUUGCCUAGCAAUGGUGCGCGAAGGCUGGGAUGUAGGGGCUCCCGACAAAAUCCGAAAUCGACAUCUCUUCCAGAGUCGAACCACAGACCUUGCGUAAUCUUCGGACCCACUCGGAAGAAUGGAUCCAGGCGUUGUGGAUCAGAAUCGAGGGCCAAUCUCGAUUGCGAGGGCGGCGCAAGUUCGUUCACCUUGUCCACCUUCACUCAGCUACUUGAACGCGCGGAUGCGAACCUCAAUAUUACUCUCUCUUCGUUAUUGCAAUGCCGAUACCAAUCCCCAUGCACUCAGGACGCCGGGGGCAUCGGCCGUUGACGAGGCGAGGUUCAUGACUCAGCAGUGUUGUGCACCGUGGACGCAUACAUCCAUGUCUGGGCGCAGAUUUGCUGGCGUGUAAUCGGGUGACGCAUUCCUAAGGAUGAUGUCAUCCGGAGCUGUUUCCAGUCGCCUAGUACUUAUAGCAGCUGGAAUGUCCCGUAGUGGGGCCCCGUUCUCUGCGUCGGACUCUGGCAUCGAAUUAGCCGGGUAUUCCGUGCGCCAGAUAUUUCUCUCUCCGGGUCGAUUAUUUGUAAAACAUGGCGGCCAACUAUGAUGGGACGCAUUCCAAAGCGCCGGACGAUGAACAGCACAUCUACUCCACGAACAACCAGCCUCACCCCUACAGUCAUUCACCAGGGACUAUGCCUUAUUUUCCUCCGAUGAACGACCCUGUAUUCCAUUCACCAGGAUCGUUUCAUGGCUCGCCGGGGCCAGAAUCACCGAUAGGAACCUACUUCUCCCCCACAUUCUAUGGGCCUAUGCACACACACCCGUAUCCCUUCCAGAUUGUUCCGACCUCUCCCAUGCACAGUCCCAAUGCGAUCCCAAUGUUCAACUACUCGAACGCAUACGCGCACUCUUACCCAAGAGGCAUCCCCCCUCACAUGGUCUACAUGUAUCCAGGCCCGUCGCCAGCCCCUCCUCCCCCUCUGUCUCGAACCCCGACAUCCCAAAGCAGCUCUUCACUCACCGCGCUUAAAGUCGAAACAACGACGGACGCGGCAAAGAAACCCUCCCCGAGCAUGCGCCAAUCUUACCAUCCCGACCCGCCUGCUCAGCGCUCACCGUGGGCUAUGUGGGUCGGAAACGUGCCGAAGGACGCAACACAGGAUGAGCUGUGGCGGUUCUUCACGCGGGUUCCUGACGAGCAGCAGGGGCCGGACGAGAGCAGCGCCGUCGAGUCUAUCUUCAUCAUUUCCCGGUCAAACUGUGCGUUCGUCAACUACGUGUCCGAGGCCGGGCUGGCCACGGCCAUAUUGCGGUUCGAUGGGUCGGCGCUGCGACGAGACGGGCGGCUGCCGAAGCUUGUUUGUCGGAUCCGCAAGCAGACGGAUGACUUGAGGGCCGGGGUCGGCGGCCAGCGGGGGAUGGGCCUGCACAGGCAGUGGGUGCGGGACUCCGAGAAACGGUCAGAACCUCAGCUUGAACGGCCCGAGUUGGCGACCACGAACGGAGGCAAACCCGACAGCUCGGACAGCUUUGGCUCGAACGCGAGCACGUCGUCGAGCUUCCUGACCACGCACUUCCCUCGGCGAUUCUUUAUCAUGAAGUCUUUGACGCAGGAUGAUGUUGACCUGAGCACCAGGACUGGUGUCUGGGCCACUCAAAAACACAACGAAGGAAUUCUCGAUCAAGCCUUCCGCACGUCCAAUGAAGUGUAUCUCUUCUUUAGUGUCAACAAGAGCGGGGAAUUCUAUGGUUAUGGCCGAAUGACCAGUAAACCCGGCUCAGCACGUGAGCCGGUAUCCUGGUCUCCUCGCGAGAGACCGUCUCCUUCCUCACCCAUUCAGGCCAUGCUCGGUGCAGAUAGGCUGGUGGAUAAGUCCCCUAGCCCUGGAUGCGAAUCCAGAUCCCCCCCGCUGGGGCAUCCGCACUACCAAACGGCACCUCCCCAGCUCGCCGGCGGGGCAACAAACGCCAGCAGGAACCAGGCUGAUCCGAAAUUCAGCCUGGACCAGCUCAUGGCGCACCCGCGGCCAGAACCGGUAGCAAAUGACCCCGAGCCGGAAGGCUGGGGCAAAGGCUUCGAGCUGGACUGGAUCUGCACGCAUCCUCUGCCGUUCCACCGGACGCGCCACCUGCGCAAUCCGUGGAACAACAACCGGGAGAUCAAGGUGUCGAGGGACGGGACGGAACUGGAACCUACAGUCGGGGUCGCUCUGCUGCAGGCAUGGCGGAACAUGCUUGGUGAGGCAGGCGGGAGCUUGCCUACCCCUGUUUCGCUGCGCGCUCCGUCUCCAUCGUAAAGUUAUUGUCGACUUGGGUUGUACAUUUAGUGUUUAAUGUGAAUUAACAUCCGGAUUCUGAGCACCAAUUCAAUAUUCGUCAUCGUGUAUCGUGACCGAGUUGUUCUGAAGACUACCCGAACGGAGAUGCACUCCUAUUAUUACUCUUAUUUCCCGAGGAAAUCACGCGAGAAUCUGAGCGUUCCAUGUUCAGCAUUCUAUUUGCAGAAAACCAAAGAUACUAAAAUCGACGUCUAUUCCUGGUACAAAUCGCCGAGUUAAUUCACGUCGAUUUUUGGUAUCUUUUUGUUCGCU